ACUAAGCAUGUUAAUGGCGGCCAUUUGUAGACUGUGAUACACCUACUAUCCUGCCAAAGUCACAAAAUAGGUUCCAUUACAUAAGACAAUUGCAAGAGGAUUAGCAGACGGUUAGUGAGACACGAUGCCUGCAGUCAAAGGAGAUGGCAUGAGAGGCCUUGCCGUUUUCAUAUCGGACAUUCGAAACUGCAAGAGCAAAGAAGCAGAAAUAAAGAGGAUAAACAAAGAACUAGCAAAUGUCCGAAACAAAUUCAAAGGGGACAAGACUUUGGAUGGCUACCAGAAGAAGAAAUAUGUUUGCAAGCUGCUGUUCAUCUUCUUGCUGGGUCAUGACAUUGACUUCGGACACAUGGAGGCAGUCAACCUACUUAGUUCCAACAAAUACACAGAAAAGCAGAUUGGUUACCUGUUUAUUUCUGUGCUUGUUGGAGCGAGCAGUGACCUCAUGAAGCUAGUCAUCCAGGCCAUCAAGAACGAUCUCUGCAGCCGCAACCCCAUCCACGUGAACCUCGCCCUGCAGUGCGUGGCCAACAUCGGCAGCCGCGACAUGGCCGAGACACUGUGCACCGAUAUCCCACGACUGCUCGUCUCUGGAGAUACGAUUGAUGCUGUAAAACAAAGUGCUGCCCUCACACUGCUCAAAUUGCUCCGCUCAUCUCAUGACUUGAUCCCCAUGGGCGAGUGGACGUCCAGGAUAGUGCACCUCCUCAAUGACCAACACAUGGGUGUUGUCACAUCAGCAGCUAGUCUGAUAGAGGCACUGGUGAAGAAGAAUCCGGAGGAAUACCGGGGUUGUGUGUCGCUGGCAGUGUCCAGACUAAGCAGGAUUGUGACAUCCUCGUACACAGAUCUUCAGGACUAUACAUACUAUUUUGUUCCCGCUCCAUGGUUGUCUGUCAAGCUGCUGAGGUUGUUACAGAAUUAUCCCCCUCCAGAGGACCCAAGUGUUCGCACAAGACUAUCCGAGUGUCUAGAAACCAUUCUGAACAAGGCCCAGGAGCCACCCAAGUCGAAGAAAGUGCAGCAUUCUAACGCGAAGAACGCUGUUCUCUUCGAAGCCAUCAACCUCAUAAUCCACAUGGAUAGUGAUCCUAACCUUCUAGUCAGGGCCUGCAACCAACUAGGCCAAUUCCUGCAGCAUAAAGAAACUAAUCUUAGAUAUUUAGCUCUAGAAAGCAUGUGUUUAUUAGCAACAUCAGAAUUCUCUCAUGAGGCUGUGAAAAAACACCAAGAUACAGUUAUAACAGCUUUGAAGACUGAGCGAGAUGUCAGCGUGAGGCAGCGGGCUGUGGACUUGUUGUAUGCGAUGUGUGACAGAACAAACGCUGAGGAAAUAGUUGGAGAAAUGUUAGAAUACCUUGAAACAGCAGACUACUCUAUCAGAGAGGAAAUGGUUUUGAAGGUUGCCAUCUUGGCCGAGAAGUAUGCCAUAGACUACACAUGGUAUGUGGACGUCAUACUGAACCUUAUCCGAAUAGCUGGAGACUAUGUCAGUGAGGAGGUGUGGUAUCGUGUCAUCCAGAUAGUAAUAAACAGAGAUGAUGUCCAAGGGUAUGCUGCCAAAACGGUUUUUGAGGCAUUGCAGGCUCCAGCUUGCCAUGAAAACAUGGUGAAAGUUGGAGGCUACAUUUUAGGUGAAUUUGGUAACCUCAUUGCUGGAGACCCCAGGUCUAGUCCCAUUGUACAGUUUCGGUUACUUCACUCGAAGUAUCACUUGUGUGGGCCAUCUACACGAGGUCUGCUACUCUCAACCUACAUCAAGUUUGUCAACCUCUUCCCUGAGAUUAAACCACAGAUACAAGAAAUGCUUCGCAGUGAUAACAAUCUAAGAAAUCCAGAUGUUGAAUUGCAGCAGAGAGCCGUAGAGUAUCUACAUCUGAGCUCUGUCGCCUCUCAAGAUGUUCUUGCAACAGUAUUAGAAGAAAUGCCUCCAUUCCCUGAACGUGAGUCGUCCAUUUUGGCGAAGCUGAAGAAGAAGAAGCCGGCGAGCAUCCCGGAGCAAUCUGAUCAGCAGAAGGAGCAUCGUCUGCCGGCUCCGCAGAUGGGCAACAGCACUACAGAACAACAACCGCAGCAGCCAGCGGCUGUACAGGUGACUGUUUCCGUGUCGACACCCAGCAGUACCGGGUCUGUGGAUCUGUUGGGAAUGGACACCUCGCCAGCUCCACCGUCUGCCAACACCGUUCCAGCAUCAUCUGGGUUUCUGGUGGACGUUUUCGACACGCUAGCUUCAAGUGUGCCCACGGCUACCACAACAAAUGGUCUCGAUAUCGACGGUCUGUCGGCUGCCAAUAAUGAAAACUUUAAAAAAUUUAUCACCAAAAAUAAUGGAGUAUUAUUUGAAAAUGACCUCCUCCAGAUUGGAGUGAAGUCGGAAUAUCGACAGAAUCUUGCACGGGUCGGCAUUUUUUAUGGGAAUAAAACUUCAUUCCAGUUCACAAGUUUCGUCAGCACUCUGAGCACUCCGGGCAAACUUACUUCUGCUCUUAGUGUGCAGCCGAAGCCGGUGGACCAGUUGGUUGAAGGUGGAGCCCAGGUACAACAGACGUUUAAUAUUGAGUGUGUUGAAGAGUUCACAGAAGCUCCCCUCCUCAACAUUAACUAUGUAUACAGCGGCGUGUUACAGAAACUAAACCUGAAGUUGCCGCUGUUUUUAAAUAAAUUUCUAGAGGCUGCUGAAAUGAACUCGGAAGCAUUUUUCGCCAGGUGGAAGGCACUGAGUUUACCCAAUCAAGAAUGUCAGAAAAUAUUUAAGGCUGAAUUUCCAAUAGAUGUAGAACAGAGCAAAGCAAAGAUUCUUUCCUUUGGCUUGAGUAUUUUGCAAGGAAUCGAUCCAAACCCAGAAAACUUUGUGUCAGCUGGAAUUCUUCAUAAUAGGAAUCAACAAAUUGGCUGUCUGGUUCGACUGGAACCUAAUCUGGAAGUGAAGAUGUAUCGGCUGACUGUCCGGUCGACAAAAGAUGCAGUGGCACAAAUUCUUGCCAACUUGUUGGAAGGAUUGUUUUAAGCGUGGACCACGUUGUUGGAGUGAAACACAUUUGUGGUUUGCUGUUGUCAUGGAGUUCUGGUGGGCAUGAAGAUCACUUGUUAGGCGUGUACACUCUUGGUUCCCGUCAUAUUGAUAAUCUGCCUGCCAAUGUUAAAGGCGUAUGAUUAAUUGUAAUCUGUGUUAAUAGUUGAGCAUUUAGUAAAGGAGGGUAGAAACACACUGCGUAAACUGUGACCAGUUUCUGUGUUACACAAAGUGUUGACUAUAUUGCAUGAUUGUUAUCAGUGGUGACAGAACAAAACAAAAUCAUUCCUAUUGACUGGUCUUUCGUUCUCAGUGUCGACUUCUUUGUGCAUUAGAGAUUUAAAAAUGUCUGCCUGCUUUGUUGGUAGGAACUUGGUCGUUGGCUGUGUGUUAAGGGGUGUUUUCUCUUGUUAGAAUGUUUGUAGUAACGACUUGUAGUAGUGACUUGAAUCAUAUCGUGUGGGAAGAUGUCAUAUAAUGGACAGAACUUGACGGGUAUGUUUUAACAUAAUUUGAUUGGACAUGGAACUUGCCAUUUGUAGUAGGGAAUAGAACAUGUUCUUAUUUCCUAGAAAAGUGGUUAUGAUUGCAGGGUUCACCCAUAUUAAUCUGAGCACUACAAGUCAUUACUACAAAACUCUUUAACAUAAGAACGCCUCUUUAUGUGCCAUGCCAUCUAGUCUCUUUAUGUUGACUAGAUUUUUUUUUUUUUUAAUAAUUUUUUUUAGAACGUUAAUUUGACAGUCAACAAUAAUUAUAUUAGUGAUGAAAGAGGGAUAAUCCCUAUUCAUACACCACACAAUUAUCUAGUUCUGCCAUGUGCAACAUUCACAAGGACCAGGUUUGAUUUUAUAUACUGUAAUUAAUUCCCCCUUUUAAAAUUGCCUCGUAUAUACCUAAUAGAUUUGUCCUUUUGGUGCAUACAAUGGUCAUGUCGGUUAUUAAAUACCUUGUAUUCAGAAUUGUUUACAUUUGACAGUACAACUAUAACAUAAACGUAUAAUCUGCGAUAGUAUUUAUGCUAUCGCAGAUUAUAUGUUUGUUAUAGUUAUAAAGCAGUUAUAAAGGUGGCUGUCCGUUCAAUUUUGAUAUAAUCUUUAGUUAUCCCCCCUGUUAAUGCAAAGUUGUAACAAUAAUGAACAGGGCCUCUCACAUUCUCGAUUUGACAGUGCGUGAACCCCUUGAAUUCAAAAUUGUUUACGUUUGACAUUACAGCUAUGACAAAAGUAUAAUCCAGGGGUGGGAAUUCUCCUCGGAUCAGCCAUUUUCCUCUCAUGGCACAUUGCGUUUCCUCACAUUUUAAUCGUCCUUUCCUCCAAAAUGGGUCAGAUGGCACAGAUUUUAACCUAGGAUUUCAAGAAUUUCUGGGACCCCUCUAGAUAUCCUCUUUUUAACAGUUCACCCAUUCCCAUCCCUGAUGGUCUGCAAUCGUGUAAUAGCAGUUAUAAUGGUGGCUGUCUGUUCAGUUUUGGUAUAAUCUGUAAUUAUACUCCCUGUUACUGAAACAGUUACAACAAUAAUAAACAUGGUCCCUCCCAUUCUUGAUCUCUCAUUAGUGGGUGAUCUCCCUUGGAUUCAAAAUGGGCUGGAUUUUCUGUCGUUGGUGACUUUUUCUCUAAUAUUACAAUAUGUACAAUACCGGUAUUCUGUAUUGUAUGAGUGGGUUGCCUGUGGUGCAUCAUAUUUCCAUUUUCAGGCUUUGGUGCUUUUGAAGUAAUUAAUACUAGUGUUAAGUAAAGUAACUGUAUAGUAAUGCAGGUAAGAAUUUAUAAUAUACCAGUUUAGCUCAAGUGAGGGAAAAAAUCCAGUAUGCUUGUAAAUACCAAUAUAUUGUAGAAUGGUAUAGGUAUGACAGUUUAAUAGAUAAAUAAAUUAAUAAUAUCUAAUAAUGUUCAGACAAAUGCGACAUUAUAUUCGGUUGUAUCAUACCAGUUUAUUAAAACAUGUAAACUUACACAGAAGGCACAAGUCGAUAUCAAGUUAAAAAUUCAGAAGAUUUUCAGUCAUGUAUAUUCUAGAAUUAUUAGUAAGUGAUAUAAAGGAAAUUCAUGUUAUUUUUCAUGAUAUAUUUUUGAAGGUUAGAAUAAUACCAAGGACGUUGAAAAAUUAACAUCAGUCAUCUGAAACAAAAUAAAAUAAAAUUGUUGAUACUGUGAAAUUACAAAUUUUAUUUAUAACCUGAGUGUUAUUGUUUAUGGUAAAUCUGUUUUGUUGUUAAGGGGUUUGUUAAUGCUUGCUUGUAAUAUUUGAUAAUUUACAUGAUUUUGUACAUUUUCGUAUAUAUAGAUCUAUAUAUAAACCUAUGUAAUAUAUAUAUCUGUAAAUUUAUUUUGUUUUGCUUAUUAAUAAACGGUGUUGCUAAAAAUAUGUUACAGAGAACACUGUUUAGUGAUGUGAUGUUAUCAUGUAGUGUUUAAGAACAAUUCCACUGGUUCUUGGUUUUCAAGACAAUUCCCGUAGGUUAGUUAGUGUGCAGGCUAGCUUAGUUUAGGAAGUAGAUGUGAAAUAGAAAUACCUUUCCAACCAGCCAGUCACCCAGUCUGUUUGAUUAAUAAUUAAAUUUCUGUUAUAUUCAAUACAAUUUAAAGGCAUCCCAUUGAUCCAGUCGUAGCAACACCUUUGUUAAUUUCUUGAUGAAUGUAAAAGUGAUAUCGGAGAACCUCAUAUAAGAUGAUGUCAUUUUAUAUUGGUAGUUUGUAUUAUUGAGCAUUAUUGUCCUAGAACCAAAAAAUAAUUGAAAACAAAAUGUGACUUUGAGUUUAUAUUAAUAAGUAUGUUUAAAAUUUAAUUAUAAGGGUUGCUUUCUGUUUCGUUUGGUUCAUCUGGGUAUGAACACAAAAAAGAAAAAGAAGCAUGGCAAACGUUUGUAUGAACAGCUUUGCUGAGUCACAGUUUGCUCAUGUUUGGUGUGUUUUCGAUUAUUUUUUUUUUUUUAAUACCUUGAUGAAGCUAAAAGAAAUAAUACAUUCCUUAUGUAGUAUUUUGAUUUAUUUAACUGAGUGAGUCAGAAAGAUUACAUAACAUGGUCACCAUAUUUGACUCCACUGUAAUUAACAGCACAUCUAGAUGUGUUUUCCCUAACUCGGUUAUGACCUAGUAGUAAAAUAAAACAACUUUGCUACGGAGAUGUAAAUACAAUUUUAUACAUUUUGUUAAAGUGGGACAUUGUUUAUUUAAAUUUUUUUAUUUGUAAAAAAAAUAUUUAGUUAUUAUUACAGACUGAUGUUAUAUUUGUAAGAAUGUUUUUCUCUGUCUUAUUUAUUUUUGCCUGUUUCUUUUCAUAACAUGGUUAUUGUGUAGAUAAUUCAUGGUGACCUCUUAAAACUAAAAUGUGCUGCAAGAUAAAAUUUUGAUGUAGGUUAAGUAAUUACCAUAAAGCUUAAUAAACAUAUCUGAUAAGCACAGCUCUUGUACAUUAUUGCAUUGUUCAAAUUUAAAUGUCAGUUUUUUAUUGGGUGUUGUCUGACAGCUUUUUAAAUCUAAUUGAAAUUAUUAUCAGAGUUAACCUUUUUUGUACAUGUAUAUAAUUUACAUUUGGUCAGUGUAGAAAAAGCUUUUUCCACUGCAGUUGUACGAAUAGUUUUGUUUAUGGUUUUCAGUGACAAAAGCACCAUUUAAAAAUAUUGUUUUGUUUUUGUUAUAUCUGAUGAGUAAAUUGAGCUUCUUCCUUUUCAUACUUUAUUAAACCAAGUUUAGGAAACGAUUAGAAUUAUAUAAUAUAUGUUAUUGCUGCAUAAUAUUUUAUGCAGUAUUUUGUUUUGUGUUUUCUUAUUGUGUGAGAGGCACAUGUGCAUUCAAGUAUGAAAUGAUAUAAACAUAUUGGAGGCUAGUUAUUCCAAGCAUCAUCUAAUUAACGUUUCACCGAAUUAGUGUAGUCGUUGGGUAUAGAGAUUAACAUUUACUUCAUGUGCAAUAUUUUAAGUCCAUUUUAAUUAAAUUAGAUGUAUAGGUAAUCAUGUUAGCUACUGUUUAGUUUUAUGCUGUAAAAUAAAUUGCUAACAGUGAUUUAUAUGUACAAUGUAUUGAAAAUAGAAUAAAUAAACUUCAACAUUUGCCAAA